UCGCGUUUAGUUGUUAUCUGGACGGCAUCAGAGGAACACUCACCAUGACGGAAGAUCGGCCAGCAGAGGGAGAAAUUGUCAGGUGUCAGUUGUUUGAGGUGGGCCCACGCUACUUCAACCUAUCCUACAUAGGAGAAGGAGCCUAUGGUAUGGUGGUGUCAGCUAAUGACAGUAUUACCAAAACAAAGGUGGCUAUCAAGAAGAUAUCACCCUUCGAGCAUCAGACAUACUGCCAGAGAACCCUUCGAGAGAUCAAAAUUCUAACGAGAUUCAAACAUGAAAAUGUGAUAGACAUCCGUGACAUAAUACGAGCCCAGAGGAUAGACGUGAUGAAGGAUGUUUAUAUUGUACAGUGUUUAAUGGAAACAGACUUGUACAAGCUUCUUAAGUCGCAGAAACUGAGCAAUGACCACAUUUGCUACUUCCUCUAUCAAAUUCUUCGAGGUUUGAAAUAUAUCCACUCUGCAAAUGUCUUGCACCGUGACUUGAAACCAUCUAACCUGCUGUUAAACACCACAUGUGACCUCAAGAUUUGUGACUUUGGUUUGGCCCGAGUUGCUGAUCCAGAACAUGACCACACUGGUUUUCUGACAGAGUAUGUUGCCACUCGCUGGUAUCGUGCACCAGAAAUUAUGCUCAACUCAAAGGGCUACACAAAGUCAAUUGACAUCUGGUCGGUGGGGUGCAUCUUGGCAGAGAUGUUGUCAAACCGUCCUCUGUUCCCUGGCAAACAUUAUCUGGAUCAACUAAACCACAUUCUUGGCAUCUUAGGUUCACCAUGUCAAGAGGACCUCGACUGUAUCAUUAAUGAAAAGGCCAGAAGUUACCUCCAGAGUUUACCAUACAAGCCGAAGGUUGCAUGGACUAAGCUGUAUCCUAAUGCUGAUGCCAAAGCAUUGGACUUACUAGACAAGAUGCUGACCUUUAAUCCCCACAAACGUAUUACAGUUGAAGAGGCACUUGCCCAUCCUUACUUGGAGCAGUACUAUGAUCCUGCAGAUGAGCCUGUUGCUGAAGAACCAUUCAAAUUUGAAAUGGAACUUGAUGAUCUGCCAAAGGAGAAACUUAAGGAAUUAAUCUUUGAAGAAACCAUGCUAUUUAGGCAACGGAUCGCUUCAGAAACACCAAUGCAGCAAAACUGAAGAAGAUGAGAUAGAAUCUUCUUGAGAAAUGAGGGGUAUAGUAUGAACAGGCUGCCAACUUCUUUGGGGCACUCUUAUUAAAAUGUCAGGAAACUCUUGGGAAGCUGCUAGCCUGUAUGCUACAAGUUCAGGUAAUACCAAGAUAUGGGUUGACAUUGAUGAAUGCUGUGUUUAAGCCAGUGAAGAUCAUUUUGCUCUGGAAUAUCGUCUUGGCUUAUAUGAGUGACCUUAACCCAAGGGCAUGAUCUCUGUGUGAUGAAAAUUGGACAAGUGCCUCUCUUUAUGGGUCAUUUAGGCAGUACAUGAAAGACUAAAAGAGUGUUUCAUCUGGGAAGUGAGCCUGCAAAGAGUUCAUCUGCCAUGAGUGUUGGAAAAGGAUUGUUGACAAACUGUGGACACAAAAAAUAUUGCUUGAUGGCUCAAAGUGUUUGAUUCUAAGGAAGGUCGCUUCCAUGGCACUUUUAUCCAACAUGUGUUUCACAUUUAGCUGGCAAUUGCUUAAAUCUUUGAAAGUUCAGGUUUUGUGGUUCUUAAGAAGCAAGGGACUUACUUUCACAUAUUAAUUUCCUUCUAGAGUAGCAAUGGUGUUUGCAUGUUUGACUGGUAAUAUAUAUAUAUAUAUAUAUAUAUAUAUAUAUAUAUAUAUAUAUAUAUAUAUAUAUAUAUAUAUAUAUAUAUAUAUAUAUAUAUAUAUAUAUAUAUAUAUAUAUAUAUAUAUAUAUACCCACACACACUGUAUAUUUGCUCGUCAUGGACUGCCAGUGCCAUGCUACUUUGGAAAUGCUUAUAAUGAAAUAUUUCCAGGAAGGUUGUUGCUCACAACCCUUGGAAAGUGGUAGUUCAGUGCUUCUGGAAUAUGGAUUAUCAAUUUUAAGACAAUGGUCUAAUGUUACAUGGGAAAAUGAGAAUCCUUUCACGUCUCCUGAGAGAGAGAGAGAGAUCUCAUUCAUGCAGAAUACUAGAAUGUAAAGCAUUUUUUUAAUACCAGUCUUAUUAUAACUCCUGGAAUGCUGACUAUUUUUUAUGUGUCAGGGCUAGGAAUAUAUCUGCAUUCCAAUCAGUCUAACUAUCUGAAGUAUCAGUGUUAUAAAGUACUGUUCUCACUGAUUUAAAGAACGUGAAUUAGAAUUUUACUAAGUACUGGGAAUACUAGCUGCCAUUUUAUCCUAAAGAAAGAAAAGAAUGUUUAAAUGUUAAAAGUUUACAAAUAUUUUUUAAGUGGGGAUAUUUCAGUAUUGUUAUUAACCAAGUCUCUGUGCUCAACCAGUUAUGCUUAUUCUUUGCUCCUUAAAACUACCAAAACAUUUGUAAUGUGCUGCUCCUGAGCACUAUCCCAAAGAUGCAUUGUUUACAUGACUAUCUUAGGACUUGAGGUUCUCAAAAACCUUGCACUGUAAAUUGACAGUACACUAUAGCUCAGUGGAAUAUGUCAAUGAUAUAAUUUAAUUUUAUUUGUGAAACCUAAUUUUAAGCCACUGUUAGUUUUUUCUUGUUCCUUCUACAGUUGGCAAUAGCAAUGGCAUUCAUAAGUUAUAUUAUUUCAGUGUAAUAUUUUUGGCAAGACAGCGAGACAUCAAAAAGUCCAACAGUUUCUUGCAGAUAAUUGUAACUGAAAAGUGACCCAUUUGUCUGGUAAGAGGAGUAUGGUGUCUGCAUUUUGGGAUGCAAAUGUUUAAAAUUAUACUAUAUAUUUUUUUCUAUAGGGGUAUAGCAUAGUACAGUAUUUUUUUUUUUGCACCAGAGAUCAUUUCUGAUAUUGAAAAUGUCAUGAAUGGUAUUUUAAUUACUUAGUAGGAUUUGCAAGGUGUUGAUCACUGAAGAUCAUUUGUUGGGAUAUAUAAAAAUAGAUGGGAAGUGAUGUAGGGAGCAAGACUUUCAAUAUGAGAUCCCAGAUUUCUGUAAGAAGCAUAUCAUGUCCCAAAUAUAUGGACAGAGGUCCAAGGGUGCAAGCUGGGUAGUGCCCAAACAGCUGUAGUCACACAGCAGAAUUUAUUCAAGAAUCAUGCAUUUAUAAUUUUAACUCAAGAUUAUUCUGUAUAUCCCAAAUUUAUUAUUUUAUUUUCCAAAGUCCAAUGAAGUGUUUGAAGAUUCUUACAUUAUUUGCAAUAUUAUUAGAAAUGUCCCAUUUGCAAUUCUUAGAAUGAGUUUUCUGUGGAUUGAUUAGGAUAAUAUUGGUGACAGCUUCAAAAAGGUCAUGGAUUUUUUUCCCUAUUUGCUGUCAUCAUCUUUGUCUGUUCAUGAUCGCUAUCACUUUUACACUGAAUGAAUGUCAAGCAACAACCUCCAGAAAACUGGUAGAAAAAUAAUGCCAGUGUGAUAGAUAAUAAGGAGGUCUCUCACUGUCUAUUGACACUCCAGUCCAUAGAGAGUCAUGGUAAGUGUAUGUGUAUGUGGGCAUAUCUGUUAUGUGUCAUGUUAUUUGUAUCAUGUUCCCUCACUUUGGGGUGAUCCAUUUAUUAGGUCAGUGUUGGUAUGUAGACACUAUCACACACCAUUAAUAUAUUAACAAGCUAUUUUUAAAAGGAGAAUGUGCCAUACAAAGUUCUUAUCAUAUGUCAAGAGUUUUUUUAAUAAAGUACCUCUUUCACUUCCAUUUCAUUGUCAGGUAUGCUAGUACAGUAUUGUAACAUCAUGUGGUAGCAAGAAUGAUUUAAAAAGUAUAGAUAUUUUUUCAUAUCCAGUGUGUAAUUAUUAGCUUGAUGAAGAUGGUCAGCAUGUGGUUGUUGAGGCUCCAGGAACUGUUAAUAAGUGUAGGAUUAUAACUCAAAGAUUGAUUACAUGCUAACUUUUUGGUAUUGCAAUUGAGUAUGUGUUUUCUUUUUUUAUACACAUGCUUUACUCUCAUUCCUCUAACUUGUAUCAUUAAAGUGUUAGUUAUACAUGAGUAUAAAGUGGAUUUUCUAGUUGAAUGUUUUAAGAGUGAACCGGUUGUUGAAAAUCAAAACAUCAUACUUCGCAGGUAUUGGAUAUUCUUGUUGCUAGCUACAGAUGCUCUGGACGUGAUUGACUCAUUCCCAGACACUGUACUGUAAUUGGUGAUUUUUCUAGUGAUUCGUGGACAGUUAAGUUGGGAUAUAUUGUAAUGUACUGUACUAGGAAAGGCAUGUUAACCACAUGCCCUUCUUGACCUUCCAGCCUAAUUCAAGGAUCACCUCAUGUAAUGUUCAUAAUGUGUUAAUGUGGGAAAAGUGUAGAUUUUUAUUCCCAUUUUCUUAUGGAAAGAGAACUGAUUGUUGUCACAUGUCAUGAGGUUAAGGGUGAUGAAGAUGCACUUCUUUGGGUACUGAUUUUGUGAGCGAAGGCCUUGAAGCGCUGAUUAUUCCCCUAAGUGUUAGUUAUUUCCAUCUAAGUACCACAGGUUCUAAUUAAUGCAGUAUUGUCAUUUGUUUCUAUACUGUAUCACUUUCUGGUUCACAGUUCACCAUUGAAGUUAGAUAUCAUAUGGUGGUACGUCAUUCUCUGUCUCAGGAAUGGAGAUUAUUAAGAUCUUUUGGUUGUUGUGUCAUAAAUCAUAUAGUUUCAUUUUGAGUUUUGUAAAUGUCUCUUCUUGUGAUCUUUGUGAUAAUCCAGAAUGGUAACAGACAUGUCGAUACAAGACCCAGGAUAUGAUGGAUUUUGCAGCUUGGUGAGACUUAGACUUGUGGCACACAGCAUUCUUAAAGAAAUCUGUGUGCAAGUUGGUGGUGUUUUUCUCUUCUAGUUUAUAUCAGUUUUAUGUACUGCUUAAAAUAGCAUAACUAUACCAGCCAUUCCUUGUUGGUGUCAUGUUUGUAUAUACUUCUUCAUAUUAUUCCAGGAAUGGUUAUUAAUUCCCUGGCCCAGCAUCUUUGGAAGGUGUAGGUGGAUAAUAUGAUCUUAAUAUGCCAGUGUCACUAAACCUUUUUCAGACAAUCGGAUAUGUGACGUAGAUUUGCCUCUCCCCUUUUUUCCGUCGAUUCAGAGUUGUUUAUUGAUAUAUUGCCUUUCAACUUUCUUUAGUGUUCAGUGUAUCAAUAAAGCAUUGUGCAUUUUUCCAAGUUACCAAAGCUUGCAGUAUCUAAACAUGUUUACUAUUUUUUGAGCUUCCAGAAAAUACAAUUUAAAAACCACAUAGGUUUUACAAGCUUCCAGUAAGAAUUAACAUGCUUGAGGAGGCUUGGGAAAUUGUAUCAAUAUUUUUCAGACAUGCAGAAGGAGAAAGGUGUGGUUGAAUUUGUUCUCAUUAAAAAUGUUACAGCAAUUGGCAUCAUUAUGUUUAUUCUGAUAAAAUUUACUCUUUGGUACAAUCAGUAAUCUUGACGGUUAUUUAAGGAAUUUUAUAUUGAUUUUGGUAUCAAGAAUACUUUUGCUGUUUUUUCCUCUCUCUCUCUAAGAGAAUUUCAUCCAUAGAAAAAUUUAGUAAUUUAGCCAGAUUGUAAACCAUGUGUUAGAUUUGAUGAUCUCUGUGGUCUGAGUGACUUCUGCCAUGUUGUAUUAUAACCCUUGUGCAAUAGUGCUUAUGUGAUGUUACAAGUGACUUCUGUCCUUGCUGGUGAUCUUAAAAAGCUCACACUUCCCCAGUUAUGCAAAUGAAAGAUGUAAACAGUCCCAGUUUAAGGUCCAUAGUCAUUUUUGACAUCUCACAUUCUUCUGUCGUCAAAUGACACUUGAACCUAGAGGAGUGUAGGAGACAUUCUGAUGAACCUUUGUUCUUUUCUCUCUUAAUUUAUGACUUGAGCUCCGAGUUCUCAUACAACUGCCGAGAUGAAGUAUACAAUAACUUGUGGUAUUUGAUGACAAUAACAACUAGUUGGACCGUCAAGAACUCCCCGUUCCCAUGCUCGGUAAUUGUUUAAGAGUUAUGUGCCUGGUCUACCAACAUGGACUUCUGCCACUACCAAAAUGUAUUUGUAUAGUGGAUAAUUUUAAUUUUCCACAGUUUAUAUGAUGUCUUGAGAUGUUAGGUCACACUUGCUAUGUUUAGAGUUGACCAUGUCAAACCUGUGAGUAUCUGUGAUUUCUUGAGAGGUGGCAAAUGUGUUUGUACUAUGUCCUUUUGUGUAAAAAUGUACUAUACUGUACAUGUGUAUCUUGUUUUAGGAGAAAAUAUUUCAUAUUGCUAAAACCAGAAUGUUCUAUAUUUCUCUCCCUUACUAGAUCAUUAUUUGGGAGCCCCACUUAAGUUGACAUGAAACCUUUCAAGUACUAUUGUAUGGUUCUCUCUUUUCCUCCCUCAGUGAUCAAAAUACAGUAUAUAUAUAUGACUUAGUGUUGCAUUGGAAAAUUGUGUAUACUGUGUAUAUAUAUAUAUAUAUAUAUAUAUAUAUAUAUAUAUAUAUAUAUAUAUAUAUAUAUAUAUAUAUAUAUAUAUAUAUAUAUAUAUAUAUAUAUAUAUAUAUAUAUAUAUAUAUAUAUAAUCAUGCUAAAAAGGGAUAAUUACAAGUGAGUUUUUACAAUUCCAACUGGUCUGUGUAUAGAGACAAUCAUGUAGAUAAUCAUAAUACAAAUUACUGUGUAAAUAAAGUGCAUCAUUACUAACCUAACCUAUUUUAAAUAUACAAUGUACUGUGGGUAUUAUAUUAAAGAAUGAACUAAAUGACAAAGAAAAUUCUCCGAUAUAUGAACUUAUUUCCAUUAAGUUCUGGCAACAAAUCGAAAAAGUUCUCAUAUUUGGCAAAGACAUUGGUUGUGUUUUAUGGCUAAAUUGGACAAUUAUCCCUAGUUAGUGUGACACAUACAUGUGUGUAUGUACUGUAUAUAUAUCCUGUAUACACUAAAUGUACUGUACUAAGCCUGCAUAAAGUAGACUUUGGUGGGGUGUGAUUGAAUAUGGUGGUGAUUUUCCACUAUAGGUAAAUAAAUAUUUAUAUCUUCCACUGUCCCCAUAAUUUUGGUAAGAAUUUUAGUGAAAAUGAGUCCCUGGCCCUUCAAAAAGUUUAUAUAAAAAGACGGUAAAGUGUCUUGGUUAUAGUGUUAGCGGUCACUUAAGGGUGUCAGUUUUUUAGGUAUUAAAAAGAUAAUAUCACAUGUAAUACAAUGAGUAACAUUCACCAGAGAAAUAUGACGAGUUUCACUAUUAUAAUAAAUUAUGCUAUAGAUUAAAAGGUAUAUUAUGAUUAAAGGUGAUAAGUAAAGUAUUUACUGUAUUGUAAUUGGAGAUGAGAUGCUGGAAAGAGAUGAGUCCUGCUGAAUGUCUUAAUUUACCAGUAAUGGUUUCCCACUGUUGUCAGGUUGAGGCAGCAUUAAUGGGAUGACUAAUGAUUACAUUAAGAGUGUAAUUUGUUAUCCAGUGGGGUAAUAGCUGAUCAAAAAGAGUUAAAUAGUGUUAGUGACAGCUAAUUGUUCCUUUCAGCAGAUUGCUUGUUAAAAACAGCAGAACAUUUUCAGUGAAGGACACUUUUAGCUCCAGUAGCGGUGAAUGCUCUCAUUGUUGUUUCAUACACAGGAGAUAUUGUCCUUGUGAGCUUUUUGUACAGUGUGAUGUUUUCUUGACCAUAUUUUUAAGUGUAUUGUUAAAAGAGAUACUUAUUUCAAUAAGUAAUUAUUGGUAAAAUAAUUUGAAUUGAUUUUCAUUACAGCAUUAGUUAAAUAUUUUUUUGGGGGGUGAAAAUUUAAAGUGUAGAGUUUUAUUUUGUGGAUGGAUCUCACCAGGUAAAGUUUUGUAGGAAUCCCUCAUGGAUGCAGAACAAGCCAUAGACGGAUAAAUAGUUAUUACUAAUUUCAGUCGAAAGCAAAUAGAAGUACUGUACUGUAAGUCAGGUACUGUAUUUAUUAUUUGUCUAAUGUUUUGUGUCACCUGUGAUGCAAACAAUAUGAAAUGACCUUAUGUGCAUAUUGGUUUGUCUGUAAAUGACAGGAUUAGUUGUCAUUAAAUUAUUUAAGGAUGCCAUGAAAAUUUACACUCUAGGAAUGAGAGUUACUGCUUGGCAUCUCAUAGUUAAAAUCUCAAUUCUUGGUUGUGUGACAAAUGUUUACUUAUCUUGAUAUAACUGGAUUUGCUAAUUUAAGAUAUUUCACUCAAAUUAUGAAGGGGUGGGAGUUCUUAAAUCACCAUUUGUCUAACCACACAAUUGCAGGACAGUUUUACUGCCACACAACUAAAUUACAGUUCCCUCACCUAGGAUAGGUGUUGUACAUGUACAGUAUCAUGAAACAUUCACAGCCUGAUUUGGUCUCAACAGCUUACCAGAAUUAUAUAAUAUGCUCUUUACAAAGAAAAGUCAGAGUACAAACAGAGUAAGUCAUUAUGCUACUUAAUGUUAAGAUACAACACACUAUAAACUAGAUUGAAUUUAUGCAUGCUGACUCUACAACGUAUGUACUGUACUGUAGAUUCCGUUGAACCUGUUCUGUGCACAUAACCAACAAGAAAUAUGUAUCAUUGAAUAGUACAGUGUAUGCAGUUCGUUUACAAUAAUGAAUUCUGUAAAAUCAUCAAAAUUGAAAUGAACAACAUAAUUAUAACAAGGCAGGAAUGAUUGUGCAUCACAAUAUAACCUUGGUGAUUUAAGAAUUUAGGCCCUAAUUUGGGGUUUGUAUUCGGUUGAUGUCUGUACUUGGUGUUUGGAAAAAAAAAGGACAAACUUACUCUUUUUUUGUAAACACUGUGUUAGGCUUGUAUUGUGAUUUUGGAGAUUAAAUGGACACCUGGAAAGUGGAGGCAAAAUUUCUUCUGUGGUUGCUGUUGAUAAUCCUGAUCUGGUUAGCAACGGUCAUUAUCCAUGUUCUAUGAUUAUGAUAUUGAGGCACAAUUUCUAUUUUGAUUUUACAGUGUACACAUGUGUAUAAUGAAUAAUGCAUGGCAAUAGAAUUUUGAUAUGUUGGAUAUUUUAUAAAGGAAACUGGCCUCCUGAGUUAGGGAUAAUCAAGAGUGUGACCAACUUCAUCCUAGAUAACUUGAAAAUGUGUUCAACUGAGAAGAAGUCAUGAUUUAUUGGGUUCUGGUCUAGUUAAUGUUUUGAAGGUCUUUUAUAGAAGAGGAAGCAACUUAGUCCCAAUGAUUAUUUUGCUGGAAACUUUAUCCUUCUAAGUUAUAGUUACUUGAGUUUUGACUCCAGUGAGAAGAAUGAUACUUAUGUCUUGCUAGAUUGCCUUUGUAAUUAAUUCUUUUAUGAUACAUGGAGAAAAAUGAGAACUUGUUUUGCCAACAGAAUCAUGUUUUCAUUUACAUUUUAUUUAAACUAAUAAAAGUAUGGGAUCUAGUUCAUUAUUUGUACCCAAGUUUUGGAAUCCCAAAUUAUGUACUGUACUGUAGUUAUAUUUUUGUAUUUUGCUUGUGCUUCCUAUUAAAGUUUACAUUAGUUUGAUAUUUAUUGUACAAGUAAACUUUGCUUGGGACAUUUUCUGAUACUUUAUAUAUAGAAGUGGGUUUGUCAAACAGCCCAAUGUAAUUACGUUGUCUUUCACAGCCAUUGUACUGUACAUCUUUAUUUGUAUUUGUACCUGGCCGUUGACUCAUCGGUAUUUAAAUAUACAAAAAAAAAUGG